UAGCUGCCUCCCCAAAGGCUUCAACUUGGCAGCCAAGAAAGGAAAAAAAAGGAGAAAAGAAAGAUUGUUCAGGGGAGGAGAAAAAAAAAAGAUCGAUCAGGAGAGAAGAGGAGAAAAUCCAAGUAGGAAACUCCAUUGAUGCAAGGUUAAAAGAUGAACCAAGAGGAGGGGGAUGAAUCAAUCAUGAAGAAUGUCACACACCUAGAAUCCACACAAGCUAUCCAUAAAUCAAAGAGCAUAAUUAUUACGAAGGUGAUUAGCUGUUCCAAAUCGCCAUGAAGCCAAGCAAAGGUGGCUUUCCAUUCCUGCCGGCGCCGGGAACAUAUGCUGCACCGGGUCGGUAAACCGGGCAUGUGACUAUGUGAGCACAGCAGAGUCCUUCCACGCCCAGUCUCAGGCUCGAUUAUUGCAAUUUUUCAAGCCAGCGCUAUAAAUCGGCAAGCCACGCAGCACCCAGCAGAGCAGCGCAGAGCACACUGCACACCCAACAUCCACACAGCAAUGGCGGGGCCAGCAACAUGGGGUCUCCUCCUCCUCCUCGGCGUCGCACUCCUGGUGUCCCCUGCGCUCGCCGCCGGCGGCAACGGCAGUGGUAACAACCACGGGAACAACGGGAACAAUGGAGACAACGGUAACAACGGGAACAAUGGAGACAACGGGAACAAUGGAAACAGUGGUGGUGGCGGGAAGCACGGCAAGUCCCCGCCGCCGCCGUACCACGACUCGCCGCCACCACCGCCGCCGCACCACGACUCUCCACCACCACCUGUUUACUCGCCGCCACCACCAGUGGUGCCAUCGCCUCCUCCACCGGUGCCCUCAUCGCCACCGCCACCCGUGGUGCCAUCGCCUCCUCCACCGGUGCCCUCAUCGCCUCCGCCACCAGUGGUGCCAUCGCCUCCUCCACCGGUGCCCUCAUCGCCGCCACCACCAGUGGUUCCAGUGCCAUCGCCGCCACCACCAGUGGUGCCAGUGGCAUCGCCUCCUCCACCGGUUGCCUCGCCGCCACCACCGGUAGUACCAGUGGCAUCGCCGCCUCCGCCAGCCAACGUUUACUGCACCAACACGACGAGGUACCCCACCUGCACUGCGCCGGCGUACUGCCCCAAGAGGUGCCCUCAGUCCUGCCACAUGGACUGCGCCACCUGCAAGCCCAUCUGCGAUUGCAACCUGCCGGGAGCGGUGUGCCAGGAUCCACGGUUCAUCGGCGGCGACGGCAACACGUUCUACUUCCACGGCCGCAGGGACCGUGACUUCUGCCUGCUCUCCGACGCCAACCUGCACAUCAACGCGCACUUCAUCGGCAACCACGUCCCGGGCCUCAAGAGGGACCCGACCUGGGUGCAGGCCAUCGCCGUGCUGUUCUCCGGCCACCGCCUCUACGUCGGCGCGCGCAAGACGGCCGUGUGGGACGACGAGUCCGACCGCCUCGCCGUCGUCUUCGACGGCGAGCCCGUGCAGGUGCAGCCCGUCGCGAACGCCAGGUGGGAGUGGGGGUCCCUGUCGGUGACGCGGACCAAGGCGGCCAACGGCGUCCUCGUGGAGCUCGACGGCGUGUUCAAGAUCACGGCGAACGCUGUGCCGAUCACCAAGGAGGACUCGAGGAUCCACAGGUACGGGGUCACCGACGACGACUGCCUCGCGCAUCUGGACCUGGCGUUCAAGUUCUACUCCCUCACCGACGACGUCCACGGCGUGCUCGGGCAGACGUACAGGAGCAGCUACGUGAACCGGCUCGACGUGACGGCGAAGAUGCCCGUCAUGGGAGGCGAGAAGCAGUUCACCUCGUCGGCCCUGUUCGCCGCCGACUGCGCGGUUGCGAGGUUCGGACGCGCCGGCGGCGAUGCCGACGCCGUUGCCAUUGCCGCGGACGAGCUGAUCGACGUCAAGUGCUCCACCGGCCUCGACGGCGUUGGUGUGGUGUGCAAGAAGUAGAACAAUCGAUUUGCAGUCUUGCACCUUAAAGGUUGACGAGAAAUAAUAAGUGUGCACUGCACGCACGUCUGCACGAUCCAGAUGAGCCCUAAUCAUCGAUUUGUACACUCGAUGUUAAUUGAGCAUGUACCCGUGUAAAACCAUGCGUACGUAGCUCCCGAUUUACCUGUUAUACAUCAUCACAUUAUAUACUCAUAUAUAUACAUGUAUAUGCGUACCAUAUAAAGGAUACCCGUCCAUAUU